AUGUUCGCGGGUGGUGUUAAUCCAAUGGAUGCUGUGGCUGGAAAAUUUGCCAAGCCAGUGGCUGUUCUUGCUGCGUUUUCGCAUCCUACGACUACAACCAAGUUUCUUCGCGAAACAUUUCCGAGUGCCCCUCCGACACCGAGAUCAGCAAAAAAAUUUCUCCGUGGCCGUGAACGUCCAUCCCUGUUCCCGAACGGAAUCAAUCCGCUUGAUGCAGCUGCUGAGAGAUUCGCAAAACCGGUGCCAACAGCUGUUUUUGCUGCGCGUGCGCAAUCAAUAGGGCCUGCAGGAUUGGCAGGAAUUGUUCCGGUGACACUUUUGAGUACGCCUUCAUCCAUACUGAAACAGAACAAAUUGACGCUGGAUCUGGAACUGGAAUUUUAUGAAAUGCUGGCACCGUUAAGAGCAUUGCCUGAGCAUAUUUUCGACAAUUUAGAAGUAGCAGUGAAAGCUGUUUCGUUGGAAAAGAGACUGUAA